AUGAAAGAAGGAAUCCUUGAAGUUCUUGUCGUAAAAGCUCGAGACAUUAGACACACUAAUCUUAUUGGAACACCAGCCUACUAUGUUGUAUUACAAUGUGGAGCUCAAGAAUACAGAAGCAAAACAUCACCAGGUAAACAUAAAAAGGUAUUGUGGAAUGAGAAAUUCAAGUUCAAAUUUCCACAACCAGAAUGGAAAAACUUAACUCAUAUUAAAUUUAGAAUCAUGGACAAGGAAUUCUUCAAAGACAAUGGAUUUGUUGGUGAAACCAUAAUUCACCUUGGGGGAAUAAUUACUGAGGGGACUGACAGAGGAUUUAUAGAAGUGAGACCAGCUCCUUACAAUGUAGUGCUUGAAGAUGACACUUAUAAAGGACAGAUAAAGAUUGGAUUUAAAUUCAUAGCUCAUAAAGAAGUGCAAAAAGAGAAGCAAGAAUUUGCUCUGUUGCCUGAUGAACCAAGCAGAUCAUUUUGUAGCGCCAUUAGGAAUCUGUGGAAAUUCCCAUGGUGGAGAUUUUUGUUUCUCUUUAAACAGAAGGAUUCCAAAAAUGAGCAUAAGGAUAAUUAA